AUGCAUUCCAAGAUUCUGACAGCCUCGCUUCUUGCCAUUGGCGCUACUGCUAUUCCUCUCGAGGGAGGCGUGGAGAAGCGCAGCUGUCCCGACAUCCACGUCUUCGGUGCCCGUGAAACCACCGCGUCUGCCGGCUACGGCUCCUCCAGCACCGUGGUCAACGCCGUUCUCAGCGCGUAUUCCGGAUCUACCGCCGAGGCAAUUAGCUACCCUGCAUGUGGUGGACAAUCGUCCUGUGGAAGUGUCAGCUACUCGAGCUCGGUCGCUCAGGGCAUCGCUGCUGUGGCAUCGGCAGUAAAUUCAUUCAAUAGCCAGUGCCCAAGUACCCAGCUGGUCUUGGUUGGAUACUCCCAGGGUGGCGAGAUCAUGGAUGUAGCCCUGUGCGGCGGCGGCGAUUCCAACCAGGGAUACACCAACACCGCCGUGCAGCUUUCCUCGGCCGCCGUCAACAUGGUCAAGGCGGCCAUUUUCAUGGGUGAUCCCAUGUUCAGGGCUGGUCUGUCGUAUGAAGUUGGCACUUGUGCAGCUGGCGGUUUUGAUGAACGCCCGGCUGGCUUCUCCUGCCCUUCGGCUAGCAAGAUCCAGUCUUAUUGUGAUGCUUCGGAUCCGUACUGCUGCAAUGGUAGCAAUGCGGCGACUCACCAAGGUUAUGGGGCGGAGUAUGGUUCCCAAGCGUUGGCCUUUAUUAAGACCAAGCUUACUUAA